AUGGCUGAAGAAAAGACCCAUUUCUCUUUCUCCCAGGAGGAAGAAAAGGUUCUUUCUUUCUGGAAUGAAAUCGAUGCGUUCCACACUUCUUUGGAAUUGACCAAGGACAAGCCAGAGUUUUCCUUCUUUGAUGGUCCCCCAUUCGCUACUGGGACCCCCCAUUAUGGUCACAUUCUGGCAUCUACCAUCAAGGAUAUUGUGCCAAGAUACGCCACCAUGACAGGCCACCACGUCGAGAGAAGGUUUGGUUGGGACACUCACGGUGUCCCCAUUGAACAUAUCAUUGACAAGAAAUUGGGGAUCAGAGGCAAGGACGACGUCUUCAAGUACGGUUUGGAAAAUUACAACAAUGAAUGUAGAUCCAUCGUCAUGACUUACGCGGCUGACUGGAGGAAAACAAUUGGCCGUCUGGGUCGUUGGAUCGAUUUCGACAACGACUACAAGACCAUGUACCCAUCCUUCAUGGAGUCCGUUUGGUGGGCGUUCAAGGAACUGCACAGCAAGGGCCAGGUGUAUCGUGGUUACAGAGUCAUGCCUUACUCCACAGGGUUGACCACUCCAUUGAGUAACUUCGAGGCUCAACAAAACUACAAAGACGUCAACGACCCAGCUGUCACCAUUGGUUUCAAAGUAGUCGGCCAGCCAAACACUUUCUUGGUUGCCUGGACCACCACCCCAUGGACCCUUCCAUCUAACUUGUCUCUUUGUGUCAACCCUGAGUUCGAAUACGUCAAGAUCUACGAUGAAAACAAGGACGCCUACUACAUUUUGUUAGAAUCUUUGAUCAACACUUUGUACAAGAAACCAAAGAGUGAAAAGUACAAGGUCGUCGAAAAGAUCCCAGCAAAGGAUUUGGAAGGUCUAAAAUACGAACCUUUAUUCCCAUACUUUGCCGAGAAAUUCAAGGACACAGCCUUCAGAGUUAUAUCCAGCUCUUACGUCACAAACGAUUCCGGUACCGGUAUUGUUCACAAUGCCCCAGCCUUUGGUGAAGAGGAUUACCAGGCCUGUUUAGCAGCCGGUAUUGUGAACGAGGGCUCCACCUUCCCUAACCCUGUUGACGACUUAGGUAACUUUACCCCAGAAGUUACCGAUUUUGCCGGUAUGUAUGUUAAAGAUGCCGACAAGCAUAUCAUUAAGCAUUUGACGGAAUCUGGCAACAUGCUGCUUACUUCCCAAAUUCGCCAUUCUUACCCAUUUUGUUGGAGAUCCGAUACCCCAUUGCUGUACAGAACUGUUCCAGCUUGGUUUAUCCGUGUCAAGGAGAUUGUUCCAAGACUAUUGGAAUCCGUCAUGGACUCUCACUGGGUUCCAUCGACCAUUAAGGAGAAAAGAUUCGCUAAUUGGAUUGCCAAUGCCCGUGACUGGAACGUAUCCAGAAACAGAUACUGGGGUACUCCAAUUCCAUUGUGGGUUUCCGAUGAUUAUGAAGAGGUUGUCUGUAUUGGCUCCGUUGAGGAGCUGGAAAGACUAUCUGGUGUUUCUGGCAUCAAGGACUUGCAUCGUGACUCCAUUGACGGAUUGACCAUUCCAUCCCAACAAGGGAAGGGCCAAUUGAAGAGAGUCGAAGAGGUCUUCGACUGUUGGUUCGAAUCUGGUUCUAUGCCAUACGCUUCUCAGCACUACCCAUUUGAAAACAAGGAGAAAUUUGCUCAAAGAGUGCCAGCAAACUUUAUCUCUGAAGGGCUAGACCAGACGAGAGGCUGGUUUUACACUCUGAGUGUUUUGGGUACUCACUUGUUUGGUGAGGUUCCUUACAAGAACGUCAUUGUCUCCGGUAUUGUUUUGGCUGCUGAUGGGAGAAAGAUGUCCAAGUCUUUGAAGAACUACCCAGAUCCAAACAUUGUGCUGGAAAAGUACGGUGCUGAUGCGCUAAGACUAUAUUUAAUCAACUCUCCAGUGUUGAAGGCUGAAAGUUUGAAGUUCAAAGAGGAAGGUGUGAAGGAAGUUGUCUCUAAAGUUUUGCUUCCAUGGUGGAACUCCUUCAAAUUCUUGGACGGGCAGAUUGCUCUGCUAAAGAAAACUUCUGACGUGGACUUCAAGUACGACCCUAACGUUGUCAGCGACAAUGUUAUGGACAGGUGGAUUUUGGCGUCUAUGCAAUCUCUUGUUCAGUUUAUCCACAAAGAGAUGUCCAGUUACAAACUGUACACUGUUGUUCCAAAACUGUUGCAUUUCAUCGACGAGCUCACCAACUGGUACAUUAGAUUUAACCGUCGUCGUUUGAAGGGUGAGAGUGGUGUCGAGGACUGUUUGAAGGCUUUGAACUCCCUGUUUGAAGCCUUGUUUACAUUUGUACGCGCCAUGGCUCCAUUCACGCCAUUUUUGGCUGACGGUAUCUACUUACGAUUGAAGGAGUACAUCCCUCAUGAAGUCCUGGCCCAGUUCAGCAAAGAUAGCAGAUCUGUCCACUUCCUAUCAUACCCUGUAGUGAGACAAGAGUUCUUUGAUGAGGCUAUUGAAACUGCGGUAGCCAGGAUGCAAUCUGUCAUUGAGUUGGGUAGAAAUAUCCGUGAGAAGAAAACCAUUUCUUUGAAGACUCCGUUGAAGACGUUAGUCAUAUUGCACAGCGACAAGUCUUUCUUGAAGGACGUUGAAGCUUUGAAGGGCUACAUCGUUGAAGAACUAAACGUCCGCGACGUUAUUAUUACGGACGACGAAGCCAAAUACAACGUCGAAUACAAAGCCGUGGCCGAUUGGCCAGUUCUUGGGAAAAAAUUGAAGAAGGACGCCAAGAAGGUCAAGGAUGCCCUACCAUCGGUCAGUUCGGACGAUGUCCGCAUGUACUUAAAGACUGGCCAACUGGAAGUCGCAGGGAUCCAACUGGUUAAGGGGGACCUGAAUGCCAUCAGAGGUCUACCAGAGUCUGCAGCGGAAGAGGGUCACGAGACGAGAACAGACCAAGAUGUGCUAAUUAUUUUGGACACAAACAUGUACCCUGAAUUGAAGACCGAGGGUCUGGCCAGAGAGUUGGUGAACAGAAUCCAGAAAUUGAGAAAGAAGUGCGGCCUUGAAGCUACAGAUGACGUCCUUGUCCAGUACGACGUUGUCAAGGACACCAUCAACCUCGACGACAUUGUCAAGGAGCACAGUACGAUGCUGAACAAAAUUUGCAGAUCUGAUAUUUGCAAAUUUGACAAUGCCAGGAGCGACGCCAUUGCCGAUGAGGAGCAAUCCAUCAACGACACAGUCUUCAAACUAAAGAUCUUUAAAUUAUAG